GCUUCAGUCUUAAAGAUAAUAACACAGCGCCAUUAAACUGGGCCACUGCUAUGGAAUAUCUGUUGUUCAGAGAUGGACUUAUGUCUGGAACUGGUAUAUCAGAAGUAACGGCUUUUAUAAACACAAAGUACGCGGACCCGGCGGGCGACAAUCCUGAUAUCCAGCUGUUCUUCGGCGGGUUCCUGGCGGAUUGUGCUAAAACUGGCAUGGUUGGUGAGAGUCUGGGCAACGGCUCUCGUACCAUACAGAUCUUCCCCGCAGUACUCCAUCCUAAGAGCAGAGGACAUCUGGAGAUAGCUAGCAAUGAUCCCUUCGCCCAUCCGAAGAUUUAUGCCAACUAUUUAACCCAUCCGGAUGACGUAAAAACAUUAAUUGAAGGUAUAAAGUUCGCUAUUAAGCUAUCAGAGACCAAGGCUUUGAAAAAAUACGGUUUAAAAUUAAACAAGACGCCUGUUAAAGGCUGUGAGAAGUUCAAAUUCGGUUGUGACGCGUACUGGGAAUGUGCGGUGAGGAUGCAGACGGGCCCCGAGAACCAUCAGGCAGGGUCCUGCAGGAUGGGACCCAGGGGAGACCCUAAUGCGGUCGUUGAUCAUCUACUACAGGUGCAAGGUAUCGACCGUCUCCGUGUGGCAGACGCCAGCGUGCUGCCCGCAGUGCCGUCUGGCAACACCAACGCGGCUUGCGUCAUGGUCGGCGAGCGCGCGGCGGACUUCAUCAAGCAGCGAUGGCUUUCACAAGCAUACCCAACGGGCGGCGGCGAUGUGUCAAAUCUGUUGACAGCUAGCGAGACUCGGCACGCCGCGCGGCCCUGGGCGCCCUGGUAAUGACACUGUCACCCAGUAGAUUUAAUAAUUACUAUUUAAUUUAGGUAAUGUGUAGCUUGUAAAUAUUUUUAGAUAAACAAAUUCUAUUUAAUCUCAUUUGUAAUACAACGAAUUUUAAAUUAAACUCGCGUUUGAAACCUUUUAUACAUUUUUAGUUAAGAUCUUAAUUUUUACGUUAAUAUUGAAAAAUCAUAUUUUAUAAUCUAAUAAGUUAAAUUAAUGUCUAAAUGUACCUUUAAUUUAUUUCAUUAUUUUUACAAAGUAUGUGGAUGUUAUGAAAAAUAAGGUUUUUAGGUUAGAAUUUGUAAGAUGGAGGUAGAAUAUGC